UUGAAACAUAAUCUCGAUUAUUAAACAAGAUAGUAUUUUUUUUCCUUGACGAUAUGAAUAAAUAGGCAAGUCUAAGCUUGCUCAAAGCACUCUUGUUCUAUUUCAUACGCGAGGCCUGCAAAAGCUGCAUCGUGUCAGAAAAAAAUCAUGUCAAAGAUUGGGGGAUUCCUUGCCGUUUUAGCCAUCAUUGGCUUUGGAUCUGGAGUUCAUGGGUUGCGAUGUUGGUCAUGUCAGAAGAUGACUAGCAAUGAAGAAUGUAACGCUAAAGGAAAUUUACAAACCUGCAAGGCGAAUCAGGCUUGCCUGAACCAGAUAUUACAAAGCAAUGAUGGUUUAAAAUAUGAAAUAACCAAGGGUUGCAGGAGGAAAAAUAGUCCAAUUUGCGCACGAGAUACUCAAAAUGUUGGGAUGUAUCCUACGCAAUGCCAGAGCAUGAAGGAUCAAUCAAUCUGCCGAUGUUGUUGUGAUACAGACUCUUGCAAUGGGCCACAGCUGGAAUGUAAAGACGUAGUGACAUGUAAAAGACCUCAGAAUCCUGGAAACGGUAUGGUAACUUGUCCAAAAGGAAUUAACUACGGUACUAAAUGCAUUGUCAAAUGCAACAGAGGCUACCGACGUCAAGGACCAAGAACGAUUGUCUGCACUAAUGGGACAGAUCAAGGUUAUUGGGAACCGAGAACGUAUGCGGCCUGUUUGCCAGCAAUCAGAAGUGAACAAGCGGAAAAGCCAGUUUUGUGUCAGAAAAGAAUAGCUGCACCAGUAUUCGGAAGUAUGGUCUGUGAAAACAAAGGUGAGCAUAAAGAUAAAACAACAUAUAAUCAUAUUGGAACAGUAUGUGCUUUCAAAUGUGACCCUGGAUACUUUUUGACUGGAGCAGAGAGUGUCUUCUGUCUUCCUGGUGGUAGUUGGAGUAUAUCUGUUCCCACAUGUAUGAAAGGUACAUGUCAGAAACCCCCACAAGAUAAAAACCGUAUCGAUGACUGUACCGAUGACAGAUCUUUUGGCAGCACCUGUUUGUCAAGAUGUAAAAAAGGUUACAGACUGAUCGGUAGUUCCACAUCUACAUGUGAGUCCAUUAAUGAUGCAACCAGGCAGGGAAGAUGGUCUGAAAAGUUUGGCAAGUGCUCAAGGGCAUUGUGUAGGCCAGAGUUGAUAAAACCACCCAAUGGAAGAUUGAUAUGCACAAACAGAAAUUUCCUUGGCAGCGUGUGUACCUAUGUGUGCAACGAAGGAUAUGACAUUAUAAACGAAGAUGUAGAGAGAAUCGAACAAAUUGAAUGUGUUGAAAAUGGCGAAGUUAUAGAAUGGAACGGUCCUCCGCCUAAGUGCUUCAAAAUCACAUGUCCCAGGCUGCAGAUACCCUCUGAUGGAAGCGUGGCAUGCGUCGGAGAUGGAAGCGUUGGUAGUAGUUGUACGUUCUCUUGUAACGCUGGCUUUGAUCUUGUUGGCGUUCGCGAAACGACGCUGAAAUCAGUGUGUGCAGACAAUCUAAACAACAGAGACGGCGUUGGAGUGUGGUCUGUCGAAACGGUGAAUUGCGCCCCCAUUAAAUGUGAACCUGCAAGAGAAGCACCGCUAAAUGGUCAAGUAUACUGUACAAAUGAGAAUAAUGUAGGCAGCACUUGUACAUUCACAUGCGACGCUGGAUACGAUAUGGAUAAUACCAAAUCAUGGUUAUUAUUCAAUCGUUGCGAGCCUGACCCAGCUGGAGACGGUAUUGGCAAAUGGAGUGCUGACCCCGCUACCUGCAGUACAAGAUAUCAUUGCCAAGAAGCACAAGUAGAUCCAGAACACGGGUCGGUUACGUGUGACAAUGAAGCCUAUAUGGGAAGCGUUUGCCAAUUUUCUUGCGAUGACGGUUACCAGCUACGCGGAUUUGAUAGAAUAACUUGUCGGGAUAUCAAAAAUGAUGGUGAUGGCAUAGUGGAAUGGAGUUCUGAGGCGCCCUCUUGCGUAGCAGACACCUGCUCCAUGCUUUGGCACGACAGAUUCACCGUUAGAGCUGAGUGUAACUCCAUGGCUGAUGAUAAGCAAUACACCAUUGGAACAACGUGCAUAUACUCAUGUUUAGAGCCCGGAUACUAUCUUGAAGGUGAAUCGGAGAUAACGUGUACAUCAAGAAACAAAUGGAGCGCUAACGCCGCACCUAGGUGUUUUGUCAUAACAUGUCCUCCAUUAAAUAUACCUGAAAACGGAAACCAACCGAAAUGUAGUAAUGGAAACAAAUACGAAUCACGAUGUAAUUUCGAAUGUAAUCCAAAAUAUAGUUUGUCGCACACCGAUACUUUGAUUUGCGAAGAAGGAACUAAAGGAGGGAAAGUAGGAAUUUGGGACAAAGCAGCUCCUGAAUGUGUUUUGAGUGAAUGCCUUGCAAUUCCACCAACCCCGAGUAGGGGAACAGUGACAUGUUCAAGUGGUGCAUCUAUUGGGUCGUAUUGUACCCUUGAAUGCACGCAAGGCUAUGCUCCAAAAGUUAGGAGUAUAGAUUGUCGUGUACAGGAACAAAGGACAGAAAACGGUGUGAAAGAAAUUCCAAGAUUUUCACUACUAAAGGAUUUUUGUUGCGCGGAAUGCCGAUCUGAUUUUCACAUAGGGCAAAUUGCUGACUUAAGAUUUCGUAAAAAUCUUGAAUCAAUUGUAGGAUUUACCAAGAUGCUACUUACUCAGUUGGUAGGACAAGAAAACCAAGCAUAUUUCUCCACAUUUGCGUACGGUGAUGAGGUUGAUGACUCUACUGUAAUUCCUAGAGAGAAAUUGGAAAACAUGGCAGCCAUUGAUAACAUAGUGAAACAGAUGGAAAAAUGGGAAGUUACGCCUGGAUUAAAAUCGGACACCAGAGGCGCACUGGAUUAUGUUAACGAUCAAUUGUUUGAGGGAGUUGACAGCAACGCCGCAAGUUUUUUGAUUAUCGCAGCAGAUGACGCUCCUGAUAAUGUGAGAAAAGGAUCAAUAGCAAGAAUUCUGGAUCGUGGGAUUAAUAUCAUUGUGGCUGCAUCAAACAACUUUGCCAAGCUUACCUGGGAUAAACUUCUGGGCAGCGAUGAAAACGUGGUUAACCAAGACGCGAAUGAGAUAAUGAAAAGGAUCUAUGAAUUAGCUUUCAAAAAUGGUUGCCCAAAUACGGCACCUAGAUGUGUUUGAACAUAAAUUUGCUUUCUCUGAGUAAGACGUGUUUAUAACUAAUUGGACGAUAUAUUAAAACAUCAACCUGUUACAACCGUGAACGUGCUCGUUCAAACUAUAUAUAUAUUAUAGUACAAAUAAAAGUAAUCAUAUAAUAUUCAUAUCAUUGUAAAAUAUACAUGAGUGAAAAAAUAAAUUUUGUUGUCAUCGAAAGUA